AGUCAAGAGAUUCACUUGCAGCCAUCGUCCAGCGGGAUGACGACGCACAAGGGCAAGCGGGAUUGGGAUAUCAACGAUGCGAUCGUGCCGCAGGUGGCCGACAUGGAGUUCGAUGAGUUCAGCGAGUGGAGCGACGGGCAUGUACGUCUGGUCUACUCGGUGCACAACGAGGAGGCCAAGAAGCACAUCUCUGGCUGGGCGAUGCGCAACACCAACAACCACAACGUGAACAUACUGAAGAAGAGCUGCCUGGGCGUGCUGGUCUGCUCGCACCACUGCACGCUGCCCAACGGCUCCAAGAUCAAUCUGCGCCCGGCCAUAUGCGACAAGGCGCGACGCAAGCAGGAGGGCAAGGCCUGUCCCAACAAGAGCUGUCGCGGCGGCCGACUGGAGAUCAAGCCCUGCCGCGGACACUGUGGCUACCCAGUGACACAUUUCUGGCGGCACUCGGGCAAUGCCAUCUUCUUUCAGGCCAAGGGCGUGCACGAUCAUCUGCGGCCCGAUCCGAAGAACUCCAGCGUCUCGAAGCGUGCCUUCGGCCGGGUCUCCCUGACGGGCAGCAAGGCAGGCACCACAUCCGCGGCCAGGGCAGCCGGUGCGCCCAAGAAGUCGGUCAUAGCGGGCUUGGUCAAGCAGGUGAAGCAACAGAAUCUCAUGGGAAAGGUGCUCAAGCGCACAACCGCCAGCAAUCCGCUGGGCCACUCGGCCCUGGAGAUAUAUCAGUUCAAUGCCUGUGGCAAGUGCACCACGUACAGCCACUGCACGUGCAGCUAUCUGGAGGACAGCACGCGCGCCCAUCAGCUCAGUCAGUCCUCCAACUAUAUGAGCAGCUCCUGGCCGCUGGCCAACGCUGAUGCAGCGCCCUGUGAGUCGUCGGGGAAUGUAUUUACCGUAAACCACCAGCACAUUACCUACAACUAUCCCAUUUACCAUGGCACGCCCGCUGCCGCAACUGCCGCGCCGAGCAAGUCGCCCAGCUUGCCCUACACUUGCAUCUCGGAGCUGGCCGCCUAUCAGCCGGCGCUCAACAUUCAGUCCAAUGCCAGCUACAGCAAUGCCAUCGCCGGCAGCUGCCAGCAGCUGGCGUACGAGUCCAGUCCGCAGCUGGCGACGCCAGAGCCGGAGUUUAUCAACUACUCACAAAUAAAGCAUCUGGGCAGCGGCACGGAGCUGGGCUGCAAGAAUGAAACGACGCCCACCAUCAAGUACAAUGCGACCGUGGAGACGCAGCCUGUGCCGGGCUAUGCGGCCAGCGUGGAGGACAACUACGACUAUUACUACAAUCGCGAAUCCCACAAAUCCGACUACGAGCUGCAGCAGCAGUUCGGCAACGUCUCCGGCCACGCACACUACUACGAGAGCGCCAAUAGUUACAGUGGUGUUAGUUAUUUCGACACGGGCACCACAGCGCCGGGCAACAGCAACGGCCACGGCCACAGCCAUGGCAACGGCAUCAGCAGCGCCAGCGCCGGCGGUAGCGGCAGCGUAAUGAACCCAAGCAAUGCGAGUCUCGAUCCUGGCAGCUACGGCAGCUACUACGAUCACUAUGCCAACUACGAGCAACAGAUGGCGGCGGCGAACGGCUUUGCCGCCACUGGCAGCGCUGCGUCGAGCAGCGUAGGCAUUGCGCCAACUGCUGUGGCGCCACCUACACCAACGCUGACCUACCAUCACCAUCACCAUCAUCAUUUACACCACGCGUCGCAACACGCCCCGCAAUCAACACACGCGGCCCAUUGAUAGUACUUACUCAUAGUUCUUAGACCCAGGUUAUGUUUAGUUUUGAAAUCUUAAUUUCAAUGUGUAGCAUUGCGUA